CUCAGCGAAUCCAGCCCAGCGAAAGGUCUCCAAUAGUGUUCUAAGUGUGUCUAAGCUUUCCCAAAAACAAACAAAAAUCAUGAAGAUCGCCACCGCGUUCGUUGUGCUCACAGCGGUCCUUGGCUGUUGCUGUCUGGUCACGGCCCAGUCCCACAACUACUUCUUCGGAGCUCGCGUUCCAUAUGACACGCUCGCCAACCAGACUACUGUCAUUCGAUCGGGAUCGUUCUUGCGCGUACGAACGCACAACCUGGACUACCCGCUGAAGGGUCAACGUGGUCGCAACAUCACCGCCAUCUACGUGUACGAUCGUCUCGGCGGUGGACGUGGAGGAUUUGCCAGCAUCACCAGCGGUGGUAUCGGUCAGAACUACACCCGUAUCCAUCUGAAGUCGCAGCGUGGCAACGGAAUCAACUUCCAGGUGGAAAUUUACGGCCGAUAAGGCGAUCGUGCUAACGUGCACCCAUACGAUGUUCGGAAAAGGAGAGUGAGAAAAAAAUGCAGAGAAAAUAGAUCACUUCCGCUGAUAUAUAUUCUUGUACAUCAAAGCAA